AUGUUCUGCACCCUCAACACCCACAAGGUGGACAUGGAGAAGCUGCUGGGUGGCCAGAUCGGCCUGGAGGACUUCAUCUUCGCCCACACCAAGGGCCAGCGCAAGGAGGUUGAGGUCUUCAAGUCGGAGGAGGCCUUGGGUCUCACCAUCACUGACAACGGGGCCGGCUACGCCUUCAUCAAGCGGAUCCGGGAGGGCAGUGUCAUCGAUCGCAUCCCGGUCAUCAGCGUUGGGGACAUGAUCGAGGCCAUCGACGGGCAGAGCCUGGUGGCCGCCCGUCACUACGAGGUGGCCAAGAUGCUGAAGGACCUUUGCCAUCGGUGCCUCUGCGCGUGGGGGACGUGGCACAACCGAGAGGUGGAGAACGAGAAGGUGCUUUGUGCUUGA